GCAAAGUAAGCAAAGGCUGUAGUGUAUCUUGUACGAAGUGUUGUUGAGAGAAGUACCUAUAUUGCUAAGAAUAAUAUUAAAUAUUUUAUCAUAUUGGGUUUAUUUAAGUAUUUUAAAUAUGCUGAAGAAUCAGCAAACGCAACAAAUAUUGAGUGAUGCAAGAGAUGAUUCGUCUUCAUCUCGAGUCGUCAUGCUUUUCGGAUCAGACGAAGAAUGUGACUUGACGUCAGACGACUUAACGUCCGGUGACGAAGAUCCGCUAUCUGGAAAUCCAUUGACAGGCAUCCGACGGUUCCCCAUACCAGAUUCUCGAAAACCAUGCACUGUAACAAACUCUCGGGAGCGUUGGCGUCAACAUAACGUUACCGGCGCAUUUGCGGAACUACGUAAAUUGGUACCCACCCAUCCACACGAUAAGAAAUUAUCAAAAAAUGAAAUCUUAAGAAUGGCCAUCAAGUACAUACGUCUUUUAAGUGGAGUGCUUGAAUGGCAAGAGAAUCAACAAGAUUUCAGUAAUAAUAAUGAAGAUUGUAUGGACAAUAAUGUUUAUUUAUAGAUUAUGAUUUAAAAUUAUAAUAUUAUUAAUAUAAAAAAAAAUAUUAUUUGACACAACAAGAUUUAAUACAGAAUAUAACGAAUGGAUCUUCGCAGGAAAAAAUUUUUUGUGUCCUUAUAUAAUAUUGUCUACAUUUAGACCCUUUUUUGCAGCUAUCUAAAUGUGAUAACAUUGAUAAAACGAUAACAUCAUUUUUAUUAU